UGCUUACUCAUGAGUACCCUUGAGCCUUGAUUAUUUCAAAAUUAUGGUCUGUAAGAAAGUUACAGUUGUAGCUACAGAUAAUUACUAUCUCGCGUGCGUGGAUAGUAUUGCUUUUCAACUCCUAACUAACUGCGUCCGAAAUGGGUGAUUUCUACGUAAUCAACGGGUUUUUUUACGCAAAUUUUAGAAACACUGCCUUUGGAUGGAUUUGAACCCACGAUCUCUGAGUUCGCGUUAUGACGCCUUACUUAAAUGAGAUUUUACACCUGGAGUAAAAAUAUGUAAUUUGACGAUUUGUAAAACCGGUUCAGAGAUAAUAAAAUGUUCGUUCUGGGACAGGCGCGCACGCACAUCAUACAGCAAAUGAUCAACUGCUCCAGAAAUGAUGUCACGCUUCAUUACACAAUAUAGGGAAUUCCCGAAACCUGAAAUCAUCCCGAAUCCAACAAUUCCGAUAAACCCCGGGAAAUACCGAUAAAAUGCAACGCAUGCGCAAUAGCGACUAACGGGAAUAAUGCUAACAUCAACAAAAAUAGAAUUGAGUAAGGGAAUUCCCUUACUCAAAAUAUGACCUAUAGUAAAAAACAAUAUUAGUUGGUUUAGAAAUAUUCCCGAUGAUAUCAAGACCCAGGAAAUGUGUACCAGAGCAGUUCAAGAGGAUCCCCGAGUGCUCUGGGAUGUACCGGAUCAUUUAAAGACCCAAGAAAUGUGUAUUAGAGCAAUUCAAGGGAGGGACUGGCUGCUCAGGUAUGUUCCGGACUGGUUCAUUACUCGGGAAAUGCGAAGGGAUAAUAUUUAUCCUCAAUUGCUCGAGGAAUAUCGACAGAGGAAAGCGGCAUAGGCUAGGAUUGGGGAUGAGCUGGCUCCAAUAGCGUGGCAUCCCGAUAGGGCCAUGGACUGGUUUUUUCAGAGGAUGAAAAGGCCGACUUUGAGCUCUUGUGGAGUAAAUAAUGAAGGAACAAUGCGAUGACUCUGUGGACGGAGGUUCUUCAUAAAAGUUAAGCUGCUAUGCUGGUACUGCUGGUAUGAGUAUAUUACGUAUAACGGUGGCCACUGUCCAUGUACCCGACCUUAGUUGACCCCCAAUAUUACCAAAAUAGAGGAUGUUCAAAUUCGGUAACGAGAAUGUUAAUUCAAGAGACUUUUAUGUCAAAGCGAAUCCACUAAAUAUGGAAGAUGUAAAUAUUGAAAAUAUCGUGCUAAGUGAUGCUAUUCCAGCCUCGCGUUAUGUUGAGGGUUGCUCUCUUACCAUGUCAUUCGAUAUCUAUAACCAUCCCGAGUGGUAAGAGAAGUAUGAGAGUAUCCUGACCAAGGUAGAGUCCUUGGAGUGUCAUUGUUUCACCACCCCUCCUGUGAAAAAAGGUAAAUACUUCACCACCAAAGUGAAGGUGUGGGAGGGUAAAAUUAGAACUGAUUUGCAUUCUAAAAAAGUACCACUAGAACAAAGCUGCGAGUGCAACGCCAUAAUAAAGCUAUCUGGCAUCUACAAGCAAUGUUUUACUAUAUGCAAACCUACUUGGAGGAGUGCAAGUAUAAGGUUGUCAAGUUUUAUGGCACCCGAUAUCUUAGUGAUUCUGAUGACGAAUCCUUCGUCGUAGUAGACUAAAUGUGACAGGUUUUAGUAUGCUGUUGAUCCAGCAUACCAAAACAAAAGGAUGUUCAUUACCGAAUUAAAAAAGGAAGCCAAGGCGUUAGGUAUCCGUAACAUUUCAACCAUGAAUAAGGCCACCCUUAUCGAGGUGAUUCGUAAGGUUAAAUACAAGGAUGCCUCCACUCAAACCGAUGGCCCUUACUGCGAACCCUGUUCAUUGAUAGCAUUGGAUGAACGUCUUAAAGGUUCCCUCCGCCGUUUUAAUGAUGCUACCUAAUAAUGUCCUAUACAUAUAAGUAUUAAAGAAAGUAACAUUCGUUUUUUACAGCAAAGUUUAGUACAGCAAAUAAUUGUAAAUAAACUUUCAAAUUUUGAGCUACCUCAUUUAAUGUGGCUUUAUCAUGCUCACGCUUCUUCUCGAACUUUGAAUUCAUAAUGGCUGCAUAAUUGACGUCACAAGGACCAAAGAAUUAUAGGAUACCUCACGGUGAUAUAUUCUACUGACUAAUUCAUGUUUAGAAUGCCUUGUUGAUAUGUUUCGAAGUAUUAAGUAUUUAUGAGAUAUAGAAGAUUCAUUAGCGCUAGAAAAAAAUUUUGUUGUUUGCUUAAUGCAGAAUUAUUUGUUUUCUUUUAAAAGCAACACGUUUGUUAAGUACUGUAAUCUUCGGAUGAGUCGGAAUCAAAAUAUUCUAACGUUGUACUUGGCUUCCAGUUUAAACCUAAACGUAGGGGGGGAUUUAUCGGACUCAUCGUGGGUGACAUAUGACAGUGAUAGCGAUGGGCAAAUAGCAGAAUUAAGGAUUAACCUUGACGCUACGUCGUGGUGUAAAUGCAACAAUUGCCGUCAAAUGAGCUCUGAAACUGAAUGUUUUUGCUGUCACGAACUGGAAUCAAGACAUGUAUAACCUACAAGGUGUGUACUUUUUAGCGGCAUAUACGAAACAUUAUAUGUUGAUUAUUAAGUUAUUAAAAAUAUAUUCUUUAGAAAUAAACUGUAUAGUCAAUCACGAAGAUUUCUACCCGAUUGUUUUAAGGAAAGGAAAUCUCUGGACUGCUUUGGUUGGAAUGUAUGAUAGAGAAUCGACGUAUCUUCCUCCAAGAAAUGACGUUCCCAAUAAAACAUACUGCUAUGCUGCUUACCGACAGUUCACGUGGUGGGUUCACAACAGACUUGGCAAAUCUGUGCGAAGGGUCAUCCCGUCAUGUGCAGAGACAAAAAUUCGUGAUGCUUAUCCAGAGCCUGACGGGGUAUACACAGGAUAUAUGGAAGGGCGUGUAGUUCCUGAAAAUGAGUUAACAUGGGUUUUCCAUGAUGCCGAAAAUGUAUUUUAACUUAAUUAAAAAAAUAAAAAAAAUAAAAAAAUAAUAUGUACAAAUUACAUAAAAUAAAAAGUAAAACAAAAUUAUGUCAUUUGUGAGUAUUUAAUUGAGUUUUCAAAAAUAUGCUCUCUACAGGACCUUUCGGCAGGGGUAAUAAAGGAUCGUUUUUUUCCCGGACGGCAAUUACAGGUGCCUUUCACCUACCAAUUAUAUUAACCCAUAAAAUCACGUGACUUAGUCUUCUUUAGCAACAAGACAGCACAUUUUUUUCCCUUUCCUUUUCACCUCGCUAAUAAUCUUUCGUGGUUUGUUAUCAAUCACUAACCAAAUCUGUUAAGCAUGGUCAACAAACAAAUCGAGAAAGAAUUAUUUAGAGGUAACCCUUUCGUUAUAAACAGACCCUUCGUAAUGACUGACCGCUUACGCCAGGUCGGGUUGUUUUGAUUCUAUCACGGAUCAAUUUCAUUACCCGAGCAGAAAGCGGUAUAAGAGACAAGGCCUGUGCGUCUCAUGAAGCCCUUGUUUCUUAGGUCAUCCCUUUACCCACACAACAUCCUUUCUUAAUACGAUACUUCGAAUCCUCCACUGGAGAGUAGGGACACCCAAUCAAAAAUCAUGUUUACAAUAUGAAAAAGAAAAUAUUUUUAAAGCUAAUUAGAAUUGUGAUAGCGGAACAACUUCUUUAUAAUUAAUUUCAUAUAGAAAUCUCGCUUCGUCGUUUUCAUGCUGCAAGACGGUGUGGUUUUGGCUCUUGUGACGUCAGGAGGUAUCCUGAUGUUUUUUCAAGAUUUUGAAGCGUGUUUUUAAUGCUGCAAUAAUGGCGGACCUCAAACACA